AUGGCGUCCCGGCUGGAUCGCUUAGUCACCCUUCUGGAAACCGGGAGCACGCAGCUCAUCCGGAACACUGCUGCCCAGCAGCUUGCCGACAUCCAGAAGCAGCACCCCGAGGAGCUCUUCAACCUCCUCACCCGAGUCAUCCCGUACUUGCGUUCCAAGUCAUGGGACACGCGCACCGCUGCUGCGAAGGCCAUGGGCGGCAUCGUCGAGAAUGCCGAAAAAUUCGAUCCUAAUGAGGAAGACGAGCCCAUCACGUCCGAGACCAAUGGCCACUCGAAUGGCUCCGUCAAGAAAGAGGACGAGGUUGAGCUUCCUCCGCUCUCCGAUGACCAGCUGCAGCUCGAGACUCUGGACAUUCCGAUGAUCCUCAGGAACGGAAAGCACCUCCUCGGCAGCGCCGGCCGUGAGUAUGACUUCAAACUGGCUGCUAUGGAUCCCGCAGAGCGUCUCGCCUACCAAAAGAAAAGCCUGAAAGCCCGUCUCGGUAUCGGUGGCGACUACAUGGACGAGGACAUUGUCACCCACGACGACAUCGCCGCGCCCGCAAACUCACGAGCGAGCAUGCCGCCGCCCACACCUGGCCUGCACAAAAUCGACACGACGGUAUCACGCCAGAACAGCAUAUCCUCACCUAGUCAGAACACCGCCGUGUCCCCGAACGGCGACCACUCAGCCCAGACCCCAGUCGACGAGAACGGACACGCACUCAGCAAGAGGCAGCUCAAUGCAUUGAAGCGCAAGAACAAAAUGCACCUCAAGGGUCAAGCUAACAAAGUCCGCGUCAUUGAUCUUGCGACACGUAGGCCAAGCCAAAGCCAAGACUAUCCGCAAACGCCCGCAGAGCCUCACCCGGUCAAGACAGAGGUCAAACCCGAAGAAGAGACGGGUGAGAACAAGGUCAACGACUACUUCUCGCUAGAACGCCAUGGCGACGAUGACGACUCCAAGGUUGUAUCCGAAUUCAAGGGCACAGCCGCACCCGAGAAGCCAACGAUUCAGACCGAAGAAGAACAGCAAGGUUUGGAGUGGCCCUACGAUAGGCUGUGUGAGGUCCUGACCGUGGACCUCUUCGACCCCAACUGGGAGAUCAGGCAUGGUGCAGCAAUGGGUCUUCGAGAAGUUGUCCGAGUGCAUGGAGCAGGCGCUGGAAGGCAGCAUGGAAAGACCCGGAGGCAAAACGACCUUCAGAACCAGAGGUGGCUGGAUGACAUGUCAUGUCGGAUCUGCUGUGUCUUCAUGCUGGACCGAUUCGGCGACUAUGUGUCAGAUAAUGUCGUUGCACCCAUCCGAGAGACUGCAGGCCAGACGCUCGGUGCGGUACUACAAUACCUUUCUUCCGACCUUGUCCGGGCCGUGUACACGGUCCUCUACCGCUUGGUGAUGCAAGACGAAUUCAAUGAGAAGCGCGUCUGGCAAGCUUGCCACGGUGGCAUGAUCGGCAUGAGGUAUUUGGUCGCCGUACGGAAUGAUCUCCUCCUGACGGACCCCUCUCUCAUGGACGGUGUGCUCAGCGCGGUCAUGCGGGGCCUCGGCGAUUUCGACGACGACGUCCGUGCCGUCAGUGCGGCAACGCUGAUACCAGUCGCCAAGGAAUUCGUCAACCUCAGGCCCGCUGCUCUAAACCAACUCAUUGGCAUCGUCUGGGAUUGCCUGUCGAAUCUCAGCGAUGACCUUAGCGCCAGCACAGGUUCAGUCAUGGACCUCCUUGCGAAGCUCUGUAGCUUUACCGAAGUCCUAGACGCGAUGAAACUUAACGCGGCCAAGGAUCCCGAACAGUCAUUCACCCAUCUAGUCCCUCGCCUCUUCCCCUUCCUCCGCCACACCAUCACCAGUGUGCGCUCCGCUGUACUGAGAGCUCUUCUCACUUUCCUUGACAUCGAGGGAGAGGGUACUAAAGGCUGGAUCAACGGCAAAGCCCUUCGACUAAUCUACCAGAACUUACUCGUCGAGCGCAAUGAACAGGUCCUGAAGCUUUCCCUUCAGGUUUGGAACAAGCAUCUCGAGGUUCUUUCCACAGCUGGCCCAGAUGCAUUUGCAAACGAGUUUCAGCCGCACAUUGACCCUCUGGUCACUCUGACCGUCCAUCCCAUCGGCGUUUCUCGCCACCCUAUUCCCAUGGACCCCACUCUCUUCAUCAGACCCUCUGGCCAGUCCUACGCACCCAUCGGCCAUGCAACAAGGAGAGCCUCCCCGGUGUCAGCGCCCGCUGCUGAUGGUCAGCCAAAGAAACGCCGCAGAGUGGAAAAGCACAAAGAGAAAGACACACCCCCGCCCUCGGCACACAACAUUGACUCGCCCAUGAUGGAGGGCGACGUGGAUCUCGUCGGCGCCGACACUUUGGUCCGGUCUAAGAUCUUCGCAGCUCAAGCACUAGGUAAAGCUAUGGCGUUGUGGCCCGAAUCAUCUCGACAAGGCGUCUUUGGUCCUCGGCUGCUGCCCCACUUGCGCUCCGCCUUCUCUACGUCUCAGCUCACUACAUGCAUGAUCAGCGAGGAGUUUGCGAAGGCUUCCGGAGCUGAGAAGGACGAACUUUCUCGAGAUCUUGUUAAGGCUCUCCGCCCGAUGGUCGAAGAUGAGAGGCCCGUCUGUUACGGGGACCUCACGAGUUAUCUGACAAUAGUACGAGCGCAGUGUCAAUCUCUCCUCAACACUUUCCGCGAUCUCGGCCACGUUGCUCCUGCAAAGCUGCCUCAACUGGCUGUAAUCGUGCAGGGCGAGCCAGACGCUAGCCAAUAUGCCUUCUCCAUCACGGAUGGCGAGAAGAUUGUCGGACCCGACUUCGACAGGCUCAAGAAGUCUUUGACACCAGCAAGUCGCGUCGCCGCGACCCAGCCAUUGGUUGCUGCUCAGCAAGAUGUCCAAUACGCUAUCGAUGAGGCCAAGGCCGUGAAGCAAGAAAGAGAUAUCCGCAUCAAAGCUGCCUCGGCUGCGGCAGUCGUGGCAUUCCGGGACAUUCCGAAGAAGCCUGCGCUGACCAUCAAGGGUAUGAUGGACAGCGUCAAGAACGAAGAAAACCAAGAACUCCAGAAGCGCUCCGCAGCCGCCGUUGCAGUCCUCGUCGAUCAUGUCGCUGCCAGCGGCAAGCGCGUUGUUGUCGAGAAGGUUGUCGGAAACCUCGUCAAGUUUUGCUGCAUGGAGACUGCCGAGACCCCCGAGUUCCACGUCAAUGCCGAUGUGGAAGUGGGCAUUCUCUCGCUCAAGAAGGAGGAGGACAUCAGAGACCAUCCCGAUGCGGCAAAGUUUGAAAGAGAGGCCAAGGCAGCUCGCAUCACCAGGCGCGGUGCAAAGGAAGCCUUGGAGCAAAUGGUCAUCAACUUUGGCAGCCAGUUGUUCGAGAGGAUCCCGAUCCUUCGUACCCUCAUCGAAGAACCCAUCAAGCAGGCAUUCGCAGAUGAUGAGCUACCGAGUGACAUCAGAGAUCCGGACAAUGUUCUGGGUCAAGAAGUCGUCGACGGUCUUUCCACAUUACGCGCGCUGGUCGGCAGGUUCCACACGGAUUUGCACGCCUUUGUUCUCGAUCUGCUUCCACUCGUCGCAAGGGCAUUGCAAUCGAAGCUUUCGGUCCUUCGAUACGCUGCUGCAAAAUGUUUCGCAACAAUUUGCAGUAUCAUGACGGUUCAAGGCAUCACCAUGCUGGUCGAGAAGGUUAUGCCAUCCAUCAGCAACCCGGUCGACGUUCAUUGCCGGCAGGGAGUCAUCGAAUGCAUCUAUCAUCUCAUUCAUGUCAUGGAAGAUGGAAUCCUGCCGUACGUCAUCUUCCUCAUCGUCCCUGUCCUGGGCCGUAUGAGCGAUUCUGACAACGACGUCCGUCUGAUCGCAACCACGACAUUCGCCACUCUUGUCAAGCUUGUACCUCUUGAAGCCGGCAUUCCCGACCCGCCAGGCCUUUCGGAAGAGCUUUUGAAGGGCAGAGAUCGUGAGCGCAAGUUCAUCGCUCAAAUGCUUGAUGCGAAGAAGGUCGAGCCAUUCGAGAUCCCAGUCGCGAUCAAGGCAGAGCUUCGCUCCUAUCAACAAGAGGGCAUCAACUGGCUUGCUUUCCUCAAUCGCUACCACCUGCACGGCAUUCUGUGUGACGACAUGGGUCUUGGAAAGACCUUGCAGACCAUUUGCAUCGUCGCAAGCGACCACCACAACCGUGAAGAGGAGUACAAGAACACAGCAUCGCCUGAUGCCCGUCGCCUACCGUCGUUGAUCGUCUGCCCGCCCACUCUUUCUGGUCAUUGGCAGCAGGAAAUCCGCACCUACGCCCCGUUCUUGAACCCUGUCGCCUACGUUGGCCCGCCUGCAGAGCGUGCCAAGGUCCGCAGUGAGCUUGCCGAGGCGGACAUCGUCAUCACUUCCUACGAUAUCUGCCGUAAUGAUAUCGAAGUGUUGGCGCCUCUGAACUGGAACUACUGCGUCCUUGACGAAGGCCACCUGAUCAAGAACAGCAAGACGAAAACCACCUAUGCCGUCAAGCGCCUCAUCUCCAACCACCGUCUAAUCCUUACGGGCACGCCUAUUCAGAACAACGUCCUGGAACUCUGGUCUUUGUUUGACUUCCUCAUGCCUGGCUUCCUGGGUACAGAGAAGGUCUUCCAAGAUCGGUUUGCCAAGCCCAUCGCGGCUUCACGCUUUUCCAAGUCGUCGUCUAAGGAGCAAGAAGCCGGUGCUCUGGCGAUUGAGGCUCUGCACAAGCAAGUUCUGCCAUUCCUGCUACGUCGUCUGAAGGAGGAGGUUCUGGAUGACCUUCCGCCCAAGAUUCUGCAGAACUAUUACUGCGACUUGUCUGACUUGCAACGGAGGCUUUUCGAAGACUUCUCCAAGAAAGAAGGGAAGACCAUCGCCGAGAAGGCCACGAGCAGUGACAAGGAAAGCAAGCAGCACAUCUUCCAAGCCCUGCAGUACAUGCGCAAGCUAUGCAACUCUCCGGCACUUGUCAUGAAACCGGAGCACAAGCAGUACCAGGAUGUCCAAGGCUACCUUUCCAAGAGCGGCAGCAGCCUUGCCGACCCUGCCCAUGCACCCAAGCUCAACGCCCUCCGUGAUCUUCUCCUAGACUGUGGUAUCGGAACCACGCCGUCGGAAGGCGCAGGCCAUGGCGACAUUCCCAACGCUGCCGAGGCCGUUUCCCCUCACCGCGCCCUCAUCUUCUGUCAAAUGAAGGAGAUGCUGGACAUGGUUCAGGACACUGUGCUCAAGAAGAUGUUGCCCUCGGUACAGUUCAUGCGUCUCGACGGUGGUGUCGAAGCGAGCCGUCGCCAGGAGAUCGUCAACAAAUUCAACUCGGAUCCCAGUUACGACGUUUUGUUGCUGACCACCAGCGUUGGUGGUCUGGGGCUCAACCUUACUGGUGCUGACACGGUCAUCUUUGUCGAACACGACUGGAACCCGCAGAAGGAUAUGCAGGCCAUGGAUCGCGCCCAUCGCAUCGGUCAGAAGAAGGUUGUCAACGUCUACCGCAUCGUCACUCGCGGUACUCUUGAGGAGAAGAUCCUUAGCCUCCAGCGCUUCAAGAUCGAUGUUGCCAGCACAGUCGUCAAUCAACAGAACGCUGGAUUAGGCACCAUGGAAACAGAUCAGAUUCUUGAUCUCUUCAACUUGUCGACGGACGGCGCGGACAUGGCCAAUCCAGGUGGCGCAAAUAACGAUACCAUUCACGAAGACGAUGCCGUUGACGCAACUGGCGAAGUCAGAGAGAAGGGCAAGAAGGGCUUCUUGGAUGAACUGGGCGAGCUUUGGGACGAACGACAGUACCAGGAGGAAUUCGAUUUGGACAACUUCCUUGCGACGAUGAAGGGUUGA